AUGAUGAGAUUCACAAUCAUCAUAAUACUAGCUUUUCUUCUUAUUACUCAAGCCCUAGAAGAGGACCAUAUCCUAGUCUAUGCUCAUGAAGGCGGAGAUGCUGGUCACAAGAGUCUUGACUAUCGUGAAGAUAAAGAUACAUCGACACUCCAUCGUAAAGAAUUGUAUGAAUUCUCCAACAUUGGUGCACCGAGGAAACUAAGGGCCAGGAGAACAACGAGAACCAAGGUGGCUAGAGCCGAGAAAAAGCACUUGAUGGCGACAUACAAUGAUAAUUGGAGUUUAAAGAUGUCAGGAGAUUAUAAGAAGACCAAUUUAUUGGCAGAUCUUGACACCACUAAGUUUCGGUGA